CCCAGUCAGUCGAACGCGCACCACCAUCGUGCUUCUGCGUGAUCACGCGUAGAAUAUCUCCAAUAUAUAUAUAUUUAUAUAAUUAUAUAUUCAUAUAUAUAAAUAUAUAUAUAUAUAUAUAUAUUAUAUAAAUAUAUACAUUACGUAGUAUAUAUAUUUAUAUAAUCAAUUUUUUUUUUUUUUAAUCCUAUAUAUUCGGUAGUAAUUAAAAUCUUACGAAUAAGGUUAUAUUUUCCUGCCGCGUGCCUGCAGUCCAACGUCAACUACAAAUCUAUUCGAGUACCUAUAUUGAAUCUCAUACAUUUUUAAGAUGGGAGUACAACUAAGAACGAAGACCGAAGAGAAGGCUGAGCCACUUAUUGAAAAUAACAACAAAGAAAGCACAGAGGAAUUAGAAGAAUUUAAACCAGAAGCUCCUCAAAAACGUGAAAUAUUGUGGGCCACAGCUAUAUAUUUGACCACUUGGCAUGUCUUGGCGGUUAUCUGUACCAUACUCUACUGGAAGAAUGUUAAACUGAUGACCAUUGCAUGGAGUCUUCUUGUUGGAUUUACUGGACAGUUUGGUGUAACAGCUGGUGUCCAUAGAUAUUAUACUCACAAAUCAUUCAAAGCCAAAAUCCCUUUGCAAAUUAUACUUCUUGCUUGCUAUUCAGUUGCAGGACAGUACAGAGUAACAGAUUGGGUUCAUGAUCACAGAUUGCAUCACAAAUUUAGUGAUACAGAUGGUGAUCCUCAUAAUGCUAGAAGAGGAUUGUUCUUCUCUCAUAUUGGUUGGUUGAUGCAGCGUGGACACCCAGAAGUAUUUCGUCGUAGUAAAACCAUUGAUAUGUCUGACAUCAACAAUGAUCCUUUAGUCCAAUUUCACACUAAAUAUUAUUGGUUCUUCAAAAUAACACUUUGUUUUGUUUUGCCUGUACUUGUACCUGUUUUUUGUUGGAAUGAAAGUUGGAUGGAAGCUAUUGGAAUCAGUGGUGUAUUGCGGUUUGUGAUUUUCACUAAUAUGACAUUUUCGAUCAACAGCUUUGCUCAUUUUUGGGGAUCUAAACCAUACGACACGCGCAUUUUACCUGUGCAAAACAUGGCUUUGGCUAUAUUGACUACUGGUGAAGGCUGGCACAACUAUCAUCAUGCAUUCCCUUGGGAUUAUAGAGCAGAAGAGUUUGGAGGUAACAUGACCAAUCCAACCACCUUGUUAUUGGAUAUGUUUGCUAAAAUUGGAUGGGUAUAUGACCGCAAAACACCAUCUGCGGAGCUUGUCAAACAAGUUGCUAGUAAGCAUGGCGAUGGAAGUUGGCAAGAAGUUCCAGUUGAAUGCAAUUAGAUUAUUAUCAUUACUAAUGCAUUUUUCUAAUUUAUAAGACUUCAUCAACUUUUAAAUGCCUUCAUAGAAUGUUAUUUAAUAUCUUAUAAUUAUGAAGACUAGAAUACAUCUAUGUUCACCUAUAAAUUGAUAAUUACUGAAAAUGGCAUCCAGUAUUUCAAUAGUUUUUGUUUUAUUUUAAAUUUGGUGUAAUUUUUUAGUUUUUAUUUUUGUGUGAAUAUUAGCAACGCGAUUGGGUAAAAAGUACUUGCAUCUUUACAAACAUAUUUAAAUUUACUUAUGUAUAUUAUUGCCCACUUGAUAUUUAUUUUAAGGAUAAUUUACCAUUACAAGUAUAUAUUACUGAUAGCUUUUUGAAGUAUUUAAUUAAAUAUGGUGAUUGUGGAAACAAUCAGCACAUUGUGCUAAUAAUGCUCAAACAUUAGUACCCAAUCGUGUUCAUUGCCCAAAAUUUAGAUAGGUAUUGAGUAUAAUUAUUUAUAAUAAAAAUUGGUACAUUUCA